GCGGCGUCCGCGGCGGCGAGAAGCGAAGAGCGCCCUCCGCCUCCUCGCAGCCCCCACGAAGGGACGCUCCCCGGCCGAGGAAGAAGAGCCCAGCCCGGCAGGAAGGAGGAACGAUGGCUCUGGACGGUAUACGGAUGCCAGAUGGCUGCUAUGCGGAUGGGACGUGGGAGUUAAACGUCCAUAUCACAGACCUGAACAGAGAUGUAACUCUGAGGGUCACAGGAGAGGUCCAUAUUGGCGGCGUCAUGCUGAAGUUGGUGGAAAAACUUGACGUCAAGAAAGAUUGGUCCGACCAUGCCCUGUGGUGGGAAAAGAAGAGAACAUGGCUCCUUAAAACUCACUGGACCUUGGAUAAGUAUGGAAUACAGGCAGACGCCAGACUACAGUUUACUCCUCAGCACAAACUCCUCCGACUUCAGCUCCCCAAUAUGAAGUACGUGAAGGUGAAAGUGAACUUUUCUGAUCGAGUCUUCAAAGCUGUGUCUGACAUCUGCAAGACCUUCAACAUCAGACAUCCAGAAGAACUCUCCCUUUUGAGGAAGCCCAGAGAUCCCACAAAGAAGAAAAAGAAAAAACUGGAUGACCAGUAUGAAGAUGAGACACUUGAGCUGGAAGGACCAUUAAUCACCCCUGGAUCAGGCUCUGAUGUUCUUUACAUCGGCCCAGUGAAAGGAAGCAUUUAUUCAAGCCCAGGGCUUUAUAGCAAAACCAUGACGCCAACUUACGAUUCACAUGAUGGGAGCCCUUUGUCGCCAACUUCAGCUUGGUUUGGAGAUAGUGCUUUAUCAGAAGGGAAUCCAGGUAUACUUGCCGUCAGCCAGCCCAUCACCUCCCCAGAAAUCUUAGCCAAAAUGUAUAAACCACAGGCGCUUCUGGAUAAGGCCAAGAUCAACCAGGGGUGGCUGGAUUCUUCAAGGUCACUUAUGGAGCAGGAUGUGAAGGAGAAUGAAGCCUUACUUCUUCGGUUUAAGUACUACAGCUUCUUUGAUUUGAACCCUAAGUACGAUGCAAUCAGAAUCAACCAACUCUAUGAGCAAUCGAAAUGGGCGAUUCUUUUGGAAGAAAUAGAGUGCACAGAGGAGGAAAUGAUGAUGUUUGCAGCAUUGCAGUACCACAUCAAUAAGCUGUCCAUCAUGUCAUCUGAAAAUCACUUGAACAACAGUGACAAAGAGGUUGAUGAGGUUGAUGCUGCCCUUUCUGACCUGGAGAUUACUCUGGAAGGUGGGAAGACAUCCACAAUUCUGGGUGACAUCACUUCGAUCCCGGAGCUUGCUGACUUCAUUAAAGUCUUCAAGCCAAAGAAGCUGACGCUGAAGGGUUACAAGCAGUACUGGUGCACCUUCAAAGACACAUCUAUUUCCUGUUACAAGAGCAAAGAAGAAUCCAAUGGGACUCCGGCUCACCAGAUGAAUUUGAGAGGGUGUGAGGUGACUCCUGAUGUCAACAUCUCUGGCCAGAAGUUCAACAUCAAACUUCUGAUCCCCGUGGCUGAAGGCAUGAAUGAAAUUUGGCUCCGUUGUGAUAACGAGAAGCAGUAUGCACACUGGAUGGCAGCUUGCCGGCUAGCCUCCAAGGGCAAAACCAUGGCCGACAGUUCAUACAACUUGGAAGUUCAGAACAUCUUGUCUUUUCUGAAAAUGCAGCAUCUGAACCCAGACCCACAGAUCAUUGCAGAGCAGGUCACCACGGACAUCAACCCUGAAUGUCUGGUUUCCCCUCGAUACCUGAAGAAGUAUAAAAACAAGCAGCCAGGCUAUAUAAGAGACUUGAUCACUGCCCGGAUCUUGGAGGCCCAUCAGAACGUCGCCCAGAUGAGUCUCAUUGAAGCCAAAAUGAGAUUUAUACAAGCUUGGCAGUCCCUCCCAGAGUUCGGCAUCACACACUUCAUUGCAAGGUUCCAAGGGGGCAAGAAGGAAGAACUUAUUGGGAUCGCCUACAACCGGCUGAUACGGAUGGAUGCAAGCACCAGUGACGCUAUCAAGACAUGGCGGUUCAGCAACAUGAAACAGUGGAACGUGAACUGGGAAAUAAAAAUGGUAACAGUAGAAUUUGCAGAUGAAGUCCGAGUGUCCUUCAUCUGCACCGAAGUGGAUUGCAAAGUGGUGCACGAGUUCAUUGGCGGCUACAUCUUCUUGUCAACGCGUGCGAAGGACCAGAACGAAAGCUUAGAUGAAGAGAUGUUCUACAAACUGACCAGUGGCUGGGUGUGAGUCGGAUGAGACCUCCCGUUGUACUGACAGAAACUCAACGGCCAUAUUAAUAUUUAACUUCAACAGCUGUUAUCUGAAAUAUGCUGCUUAAUCAAGUUAAGCUUGAAGUGUAUCUUUACUCUUUAAUAUCAUGGAAACUUUUGCAUUAGCAGACCAGUUUGUAUGUGCACUAAACAGCACUUCCGUUAAUCUGCUAGAGCAAGACAAUAACACGAACCGUGUAACGCUGACGCUUGUGCCUCUUCCCCCCCGCCCCCCACUCCCCUCUCCUGCCCCACCUCACUCAGCCAGACAGUGGGGUCUGGUCAGGUUAAUUUCUGACAGAUGUAAGCUAACCAAAUCAAUAAACACCUCUAAGCCAUCUUAACUAUAAAGAUACCCAGGGCCUAAUCUAUAUGAAGUCUAUUUAUCAUGGUUAAUGCAUGUUUUGUGAGUUUUUAAUAAAUAAAUAAAUAUAUAUAUAUAUUGUAAAAAUUGACAUCCAUGUGUUCAACACCCUUCCUACUUUUAGAAGUAGCAUUUUUAAUUUUUAAUUUUUUUUUGGUGUGCAAUCCAGGAAGGCCUCGUUCCUGCCCCUCUUUCCCCAUUCGUUUCGUUGGGGUUUUUUGCGCAUGGGUGCCUCGCGCAGCAGUGGUGCUUGCUGGACUCUGUCCUUUGGCCCCUUAUUUUUCGCACUACGUAAAUCAGGUCCAUUGCAGGGAUCUGGAGCUUUUACAAAAACAAUCAUGCGUGGCCUUGAAAAAUACUCCCUUCGCUAGUUUUAAAGCGCAUCUGUUAUAACUUCUUGUUUCCUUUUGAUAAUCAUUUAUAUAUACAUUGUGUGUGUGUGUCUCUUUCAUCUUUCCCUUUAUCUUUUUUUUUUACACCGUAUUGUAUUACAAACACCUUUAGUAUUCACCAGCAUAGUCACUGUCUACCUAAGAUGAUAUGCAAAAAAGAAGACAUCAUUACAAUAUGAAGUAAAGGUCUAUGAAGUAUAAGGAUUUGUGUGUGUGUGCGUGCGUGUAACUAA